AUGAAGCACUCUUUAACUAAGGAGCAGGUGUCAAGAUAUAGCAGACAAUUGCUUUUGGAGGAUUUUGGAGUAGAAGGUCAAGAACUUGUUUGCUCUGUCAAGGUUCUUGUGGUUGGAGCCGGUGGAUUAGGCUGUCCUGUCGCCAUGUAUCUCGCUGGAGCCGGAGUACACACGAUCGGCAUUGUCGAUUAUGAUGAAGUUGCUGUAGACAAUCUUCAUAGACAAAUAGCACACAAAGAAAAGUUGGUUGGAGUUGCAAAAGUGAAUUCAUUGCAACAGUCUAUACUUGAGCUCAACAGCUCCCUCAAUGUUAUCACGCAUAACAUUUUGCUCGAUAAAAAUUGUGCAUUGGAUGUAGUAAAACCAUACGACAUUGUGGUGGAUUGCUCAGAUAAUCCCGCAACAAGGUAUCUCAUAAACGAUGCUUGCGUUCUUCUCGAUAAACCUUUAGUUAGUGGAAGUGCAUUAAGAUGGGAAGGACAGUUGACUGUUUAUAACUAUAUUGAUAGUGCUGGAAAGGUAAGUCUUCACGUUGCUUUAUCUUGAUA